GCGGCGGCCAAUGGGCGAACGCGGGGCAGGUGCCCGCUAACUCGCGCCUAGCAGCGCGGCUGCCGAGGCCUGACGGGGCAGUACUGGGAGGAUCGCGGGCGGGGGUCGGUCCUGGCGUGACUUGGAAGGGAGGGAGCCGGGCACAAGCCUCCGGUCGUAGAGGCAGCUCACAGUGGCGCACGCAGACCGCGUUAGCGCCAGUGCCUGAGCCAGAAACUGCCCGCUUGGCCGGAGGGGCCGAAGCUCCAGGCUGUGCGCGGUGGCCGGACUCCGUGCUAGCUCGCUCGCACACCCCUCGCCGCUCCGCUCCUGGCUCGCCGGCGGGGGCCGAGCCCAGGCAGGCGGGCGGGGGAGGUGAGGGGUGCGGGUGUAUGUGCAUGUGCCUGGCUGGGUGCACACCCCGCAAGGCGGCAGCGCCAGGACACGGAGCGCUCCCCAGAGCCCCGCUGCCUCUCACGGCUCCGGCGGCCGCGACCAUGUUCCAGCCCGCGGCUAAGCGGGGUUUUACCAUAGAAUCCUUGGUGGCCAAGGACGGUGGCACCGGCGGGGGCACUGGAGGCGGGGGCGCGGGCUCCCAUCCCCUGGCGACGGCCGCUUCAGAGGAACCACUCCGGCCCACAGCGCUCAACUAUCCUCACCCCAGCGCGGCCGAGGCGGCCUUCGUGAGCGGUUUCCCCGCCGCAGCCGCCGCGGGCGCCGGUCGCUCGCUCUACGGAGGGCCGGAGCUCGUGUUUCCCGAGGCCAUGAACCACCCCGCGCUGACCGUGCACCCAGCGCACCAGCUGGGCGCCUCCCCGUUGCAGCCCCCGCACUCCUUCUUCGGCGCCCAGCACCGGGACCCUCUCCACUUCUACCCCUGGGUCCUGCGGAACCGCUUCUUCGGCCACCGCUUCCAGGCGAGCGACGUGCCCCAGGAUGGGCUGCUUCUGCACGGCCCCUUCGCGCGCAAGCCCAAGCGGAUCCGCACGGCCUUCUCGCCCUCGCAGCUGCUGCGGCUGGAGCGCGCCUUCGAGAAGAACCACUACGUGGUGGGCGCCGAGCGGAAGCAGCUGGCCGGCAGCCUCAGCCUCUCCGAGACGCAGGUGAAGGUGUGGUUCCAGAACCGGAGGACAAAAUACAAACGACAGAAGCUGGAGGAGGAAGGGCCUGAGUCCGAGCAGAAGAAGAAGGGUUCCCACCACAUCAACCGGUGGCGCAUUGCCACGAAGCAGGCCAACGGGGAGGACAUCGAUGUCACCUCUAAUGACUAAGGGAGCACCCACGAACCCAUGAGGGCAGAGUGCUGCUUGCUGCUGGCCAGGCCCCUGGGGGGCCCAAGCUGGACUCUGGCCACUCCCUGGCCAGGCUUCAGGGAGGCCUCGAGUCACGGCCCCACAAGGCUUGGAGUCUGGGGCCAUCACAGACAGAGGGACAAGAAAUGGGCUGGCUGAAGCCUGGGACUGCUCAGCCUUCUCCUGGGAGAGCCUGCCUGCCUGGUGGGCCGCCUGUCACCGCAGCCCCCGCUGCUCUCCAUUUCUCUUAUCUCCUUUUUGUUUUGAUGUAUUUCUGUUUUAAUUUAUUUUCCAGGCACCUGCUAUAGUUCUUAGUGAUCCCCUUGUGUCUCCCUUCCCUAUGGGAAUAAUAAAAAAGUCUCUCUCUAAUGA